GUUUACUACCAGGUUCUUAUCAGUGAGGAGACUUGCUAUCAGUGCCUAGCCAAGACAACUCCUGCCGUCUCCCGAGUACGAAAAUCAAAUCUCCAUAAACAGUGAACGGUGACUCUGUUUACUUGGCGUGGAGUGUUUACGAGUCGAGGAGUUUGAUUCCAGGAACUGGCAGUCAUGGCGGACACUGCGAGUGACGCGGGCGACGCGUCAGACAAGCAGCAGGAAGGCGACGGAUCUCUCGAGAAAGACGAAACCGAAGGCGUGCUCUCCGAAUCCAGGGCGCCGCCCCCCGUCUCGCGGAUAGUAUCGCAACGACAACAAUGGGCAGCAAACGUCGACGGCGAGAUUCCUGUGACGGCGGAGAGUGCGCCGCCGACUGCGCCGCCAGAGGCUGCCCCGUUGUCGAAGCUGGCCACCCGCUUCUACAUCCUCUCCUACCUGGUUUUCUUUGCGAUCUUCGGCACGCUGGCGCGUCUAGGGUUGCAGGCGCUGACGUUCUACCCGGGAGCACCGAUCGUCACGGGCGUGAUCUGGGCCAACCUGACGGGGUGUAUUGCGAUGGGCUUGUUUUUGGAGGAUAAGAACCUUUUUCGGGAAGAAUGGGGGGACGGGUGCAGCACGUCUCGCGUGGGGGGUAGCAGUCCCGAGGAAAAGGCCGAGCAGGCCAAGAAGCACAAGGCCGUCAAGAAGACGAUCCCGCUGUACAUUGGGCUGACGACGGGGUUUUGCGGCUGCUUCACUUCCUUCUCCUCCUUUAUCCGCGACGUGUUUCUCGCCCUGUCGAACGCCCUGCCGGAUCCUUCGGUCAGCACGAUCGCGUCGCGCACCGGCGGCUACAGCUUCAUGGCGCUGGUGGCCGUCGCGGUGCUGACCGUCUCGCUGAGUCUGGCGGGACUCAUCUUCGGCGCCCAUCUGGCCAUCGCUCUCGACCCCGUCAUGCCGACGUUUCCCUUCCGCUUCGUCCGGCGGUACGUCGACCCGCUCUUUGUUGUCUUGGGAUGGGGAUGCUGGCUCGGCGCUGUGUUUCUGGCCAUCUGGCCUCCGGAUCGACACGAUCACCCGGAAGUCUGGCGCGGGAGUGCCGUCUUCGCCAUUGUCUUCGCCCCGCUCGGCUGUCUGCUGCGUUUCUACGUCUCCCUGUGGCUAAAUGCCCGCAUCCCGAGUUUCCCCCUUGGCACCUUUGCCGUCAACAUCUUUGGGACCAUCAUCGAGGCCAUGUGCUACGAUCUGCAGCGCGUGGAUGGAAUUGGUGCCACCGCCACCCUUGCGGGCGUCUCGUUGGCCUCGGGCUCCCUCAUUACAAGCUGCCAGCUUCUGCAGGGCGUCAUGGACGGGUUUUGCGGCUCGACGACCACCGUCAGCACCUGGGUUGCUGAACUCAACGGGCUGAGUCGGCGACUUCACGCAUACGUCUACGGCAUCACCAGUGUGGCCGUUGCACUGGGGUUUAUGGUCGUCAUCGUCGGUUCUUUGAAGUGGACGAUCGGCUUUGAUAAUGUAGUUUGUACAUAGUUACAUUUCUAUACAGUAUAAACACUACUUACACUAAUACU